AUGGCCGAACACACCAAAUACAUGCUCAAAGUGACCGCGGGCCCCAACUACGACCCCAGCACCCACCACCCCGUCCACGUCAACGACCCUACGCCCCUCAAGAUCUCCUCCGAGCAUAUCGACGCCAGCAUCAACGUGCGCAUACAGGACUACCGGGGACUUCCGAAAGGUUCCCUCUCCACAUCCCCCUACUUCACCCACGCCACCCACAUCCACGACCGCUACAGCAUCGCCUUCACCUUCGCGCUGAAGCAGACGCUGAACGGCAACGAUGUCGUCUUCGGCAACGACUUCGACCAUCCGAUCCGGGAUCGCCUCCCCCCGGGCUUCAACACUGCGUUCCGCAUCGUCAAGUGGAUGAUUGAUCCCGGGCUCGAUGGGGAUGUGUACGCCGAGGAGCCGUAUCUGUAUGGGCCGCUGCUGAGCAGUAUCAACGUAUUAAGAGUAGGAAACUCGAUAGCGGGAAAGACGGAGAAAGAGGGCGAGGGCGAAGGCGAGGACAAGGGCGAGGGAGGGGGCAAAAAGACGCAGGAAGCCCUAGAGGCAGAAACGGCGGCCGCAGGCGAGGAGGUCCCAGACUCCGGCGUCGUGGUGCUAGAGGAGGGCGCAGAAGGCGAUGGGCAGGCUGCGAGGGAGGCGGCGCAGGUGCCUGCGGAUGCGGCGGCGCGGAAGAAGCAUUUUCUGCAGGAGCCGAAGAGGAAGGAAUUUCAGUUCGAAGAGGGGAGGGCGUAUUUGUGCGAUUUCUUCAAUCCGUAUCUAGAUUUCAAUGAGUUCGCACUCAAGCUCCCAGGCUUCACGCUGCCGAUCGUUCGAUAUUGGGAUGGGCAACCGCUUCGAUACGUGCUCAAGAACCGCGCGACCAACACGCCGCUGUUUGUUAUUGUGUUUACUCUUGUGCCUGCUGAGCAGGUGGAUGAGGCCGAGGGCGGUGAAGAAGGUCAGGAGAGCAAGACGAAAGAAACGAGCGGAGCGAGCAAAGAGAGCAAGGGUGCGGUUGAUGGUUUUGUGGAUGAGGGGGUUGAUUGA